CACUCCCACAGGCGCGCACACACUCACACUCGAGCACACGCGCUCUCGCCCUGGCUGGCAACUUCUCGGUCCCAGGCUCCAUUGUUGCUCCUUCUGCGGCCGCUGUCCUAAGCGGGGUGUCCCCGGCUGUCCCCGUGCGGGCUGCGUGUCCCCGCGGCGCGGCGCUCCGGGAGCGCACUGCCCUGGCCCCCGGACCCGCGUCGGCCCUUCCCCGGCGCCGGCCGCCGCCGAGAACCAACGUCCUGGAACCUAUGACGCAUGAAGCCUUGUCAACAUCCAUACCGUCUGAGGGUAGCAGCUAUGAAGUAGAAGCAGCAGGAUUGCACAGGCCAACGGUGUCUCUUUGAGUGACCUGUGGUGGCUUAUGGGACGUUGGCUGUGGGCCCUCUGUGGUACACCAUGCUGCGUGGGAUGAUCCUGAGAGGAAGGAGGCCCGAGGUCAUGCUCGCCUGUCUCUUCCUCGCCGCAGCGGCGGGCUGCUUUGCAGACUUGAGUGAGGUCCCCCAGGUCACUGUGCAGCCGGCCUCUGCCGUGCAGAAGCUGGGCGGGCCGGUGCUCCUGGGCUGUGCGGUGGAGCCCCCGUGGAUGGACAUCACCUGGCGCCUGAACGGGCAGGAGCUGAACGGCUCGGCCGACGCACUGGGGGUCCUCAUCACCCGAGGGCGCCUGGUCAUCCCUGCCCUCAGCAACCGCACCGUGGGACGGUACCAGUGCGUGGCCCGGAUGCCUGCAGGGGCCGUGGCCAGCGUGCCGGCCACGGUGACACUAGCCAACCUGCAGGACUUCAAGUUGGACGUGCAGCACGUGAUUGAAGUGGAUGAGGGGAACACGGCAGUCAUUGCCUGCCACUUGCCAGAGAGCCACCCGAAGGCCCAGGUCCGAUACAGCGUCAAACAGCAGUGGCUGGAGGCCUCUCGAGACAACUACCUGAUCAUGCCGUCUGGGAAUCUCCAGAUUGUGAAUGCCAGCCAGGAGGACGAGGGCAUGUACAAGUGCGCGGCCUACAACCCAGUCACCCAGGAAGUGAAGACGGCCGGCUCCAGCGACAGGCUACGCGUGCGCCGCUCCACCGCAGAGGCGGCCCGAAUCAUCUAUCCCCCAGAGGCCCAAACCAUCAUUGUCACCAAGGGGCAGAGCCUCAUCCUGGAGUGCGUGGCCAGUGGCAUCCCACCCCCGAGGGUCACCUGGGCCAAGGACGGGUCCAGUGUGGCGGCCUACAACAAAACACGCUUCCUGCUGAGCAACCUCCUCAUCGACACCACCAGCGAGGAGGACUCGGGGACCUACCGCUGCAUGGCUGACAACGGGGUGGGGGAGCCCGGGGCUGCAGUCAUUCUCUACAACGUCCAGGUGUUUGAACCCCCUGAGGUCACCAUGGAGCUGUCCCAGCUGGUCAUCCCGUGGGGCCAGAGUGCCAAGCUCACCUGUGAGGUGCGCGGGAACCCCCCGCCCUCCGUGCUGUGGUUGAGAAAUGCGGUGCCCCUCACCCCCAGCCAGCACCUCCGCCUGUCCCGCAGGGCCCUGCGCGUGGUCAGCGUGGGGCCCGAGGACGAAGGCGUCUACCAGUGCAUGGCAGAGAACGAAGUCGGCAGCGCCCACGCUGUGGUCCAGCUGAGGACCGCCCGGCCAGGCACCACCCUGCGGCCCUGGCGAGAUGCUAAGGCGGACGUGGCCACACCUCCUGUGCCAUCUUCCAGACCGGGCAGCCCUGACCUGUUGCUGAGGGGGCCUGAGACGUCCGUGCCGCCUGCUUCCCCUCCAUGCCCUGGAGAGAAGGGACAGCUGGCCCCGGCCGAGGCCCCCAUCAUCCUGAGCUCACCCCGGACGUCCAAGACUGACUCGUACGAGCUGGUGUGGCGUCCUCGGCAUGAGGGCGGUGGCCGGGCACCCAUCCUCUACUACAUGGUGAAGCACCGCAAGCAGGUCACAAAUGCCUCUGAUGACUGGACCAUCAAUGGCAUCCCAGCCAGCCAGCACCGCCUGAUGCUCCGUCGACUGGACCCCGGGAGCCUGUAUGAAGUGGAGAUGGCUGCCUACAACUGUGCGGGCGAGGGCCAGACAGCCAUGGUCACCUUCCGGACUGGGCGGCGGCCCAAACCCGAGAUCGUGGCCAGCAAGGAGCAACAGAUCCAGAGAGAUGACCCUGGUGCUGGCCCUCAGAGCAGCAGCCAGCCGGAUCACGGCCGUCUCUCCCCCCCUGAAGCCCCCGACAGGCCCACCAUCUCCAUGGCCUCGGAGACGUCCGUGUACGUGACCUGGAUCCCCCGCGGCAAUGGCGGCUUUCCGAUCCAGUCCUUCCGCGUGGAGUACAAGAAGCUGAAGAAGGUGGGGGACUGGAUGCUGGCCACCAGCGCCAUCCUCCCCUCCCGGCUCUCCGUGGAGGUCACGGGCCUCGAGAAGGGCACCUCCUACAAGUUCCGGGUCAGAGCCCUGAACAUGCUCGGGGAGAGCGAGCCCAGCGCCCCCUCCCGGCCGUACGUGGUGUCGGGCUACGGCGGCCGCGUGUACGAGCGGCCGGUGGCCGGCCCCUACAUCACCUUCACGGACGCCGUCAACGAGACCACCAUCAUGCUCAAGUGGAUGUAUAUCCCAGCAAGCAACAACAACACCCCCAUCCAUGGCUUCUACAUCUAUUACCGGCCCACAGACAGUGACAAUGAUAGCGACUACAAGAAGGAUAUGGUGGAAGGGGAUAGGUACUGGCAUUCCAUCAGCCACCUGCAGCCAGAGACCUCCUACGACAUUAAGAUGCAGUGCUUCAAUGAAGGCGGGGAGAGCGAGUUCAGCAACGUGAUGAUCUGCGAAACCAAAGCUCGCAAGUCUUCUGCUCAGCCUGGUCGUCGCCCACCCCCAACACUGGCCUCGCUGCAGCCGCCACCCCCGGAGACCCUCGAGCGACCCAUGGGCACGGGGGCCAUGGUGGCACGCUCCAGCGACCUGCCCUAUCUGAUCGUCGGUGUGGUCCUGGGCUCCAUCGUCCUCAUCAUCGUCGCCUUUAUCCCCUUCUGCCUGUGGAGGGCCUGGUCUAAGCAAAAGCAUACCACCGACCUGGGUUUCCCUCGAAGUGCCCUUCUCCCUUCUUCCUGUCAGUAUACCAUGGUGCCACUGGGAGGACGGCCCGGCCACCGGGACAAUGGGCAGCCCUACCUCAAUGGGCGGGGCUGUGCCAAUGGGAUGCACGUGACCAGGAGUUGCCCCGCUGCCGCCAUGGGCUACCCAGGCCUGAGCCCUCCACAGCACUGCCCGGGGGAGCUCCAGCAGCAGGAUGACACCAACAGCCUGCUGAGGCAGACCCUUCUCAGCAAUGGGUGUAACCCCUCGACUCACCUUAUCACCAGGGCUCCCAAGCCUAGCCCCGCCGAGGGCUCAUUCAUCUACACGCUGCCAGAGGACUCCGCCCACCAGCGGCUGCAGCCCCACCGGGACUGCUGCCGCCUCCAGGAAGAGCCUGCUGCCACCGAGGGCCAGUUGGGACUGAGGAGUGCUCCCGAGAGCCCCCGGAUGGAGCCAGCAUGGGAGCCCCCAUUCCACACAGGUCCCCCAUGCUGCUUGGGCCUCAUACCAGUUGAAGAGGUGGAUGGUCCGGACUCAUGUCAAGUCGGUGGAGGAGACUGGUGUCCCCAGCACCCCAUGGGGGCCUACAUAGGACAGGAGCCUGGGCUGCUGCUCUCCCCAGGCCCAGCAGUGCACGUGUCUUUUGAAACACCACCCCCUGCAAUUUAGAUGGAAGCCAGCUUCUCCCAAAAGACUCUAUAUUGUUUUGUGUGUGUGUGCAUGUGUGUGUUUAAAAAAGAGACAGAGAAAAUCGGUAUUUAUUUUUCUAUAAUAGCCAUAUUUAUAUAUUUAUGCACUUGUAAAUAAAUGUAUAUGUGUCCUUAUAAUUCUGAGACCUGGGGAAUCCUACCCAUCGAGGUAUGAGAGUAAGAACCAAGAAGUGUCCAUAUUAACAGAUCAACCAGGACAACCGGAGGCAGGCUGCCCACGAGCCUGACCCCAGAAAGCAAGUCUACCCUUAGAAGCUCUUAGCUUCCUGGGAGCUGGGAGGGGCCCAAGGCCCACCGGUCACCUGACGGAAGGCAGGCUCCGUCCGAGGCACCCUGUCCAUGUUGACCGUGGGUGCACUGUAUGUAUCACCAAUGGGACACAGGACAGCCGAAGGCUGGAUUUGCUAGGACAGGAAAGCAUUUCCUUAAGAAGCCUGUGAGGACAGACAGACGUGUACAGUAUGCUACGCAUCAAUAAUCUGUGGCAGCCUUUCUCUGUGAAAACAAACACUGUAACUUCUAAAUAAAUGUUUAGUCUUCCUGUA